CCCGAGCCCCGGCCGGAGCCUGUGCGCCCCGGUCCUCGAAGCGAGCCUGGGAGGGAGAAGGGGCGAGAGGAGGGCCUGGCCUCCCCCGGGGAUGCAGGGGAUGGAGGCGGCAGCCCGACCUGCCGGCGGCAGCCUUCAAGGGCCCCAAACAGGGAGCAGAACAGCCAGUUCCAUGGAGGGGAUGUCAGCUGUGGAGAGAAGUGGCCCUGAGCCACAGCCGGAGAAUGGACACCUCCCAAGACACUGGCUCUGUCCUCAAGAAGACAGAACGCCCAGCCUAAUGGCCCCCCAGCCUCCCGGGGCAUGGGGUAUACAGCUCCACAGCAGCCCCUCGGUGCUGGAGUCCAAGGUGAGAGCCUUGAAGGAGAAGAUGACAGCAGGCAAACAGGGGGCAAGCCCCUGCCUCACUUCCCACGAGCGGCCAAACCUCAAGAAACCCAAAUGCAGACGCGUCAAGGUGGGGGGAACCAGGGCUCCAUCGGAGGGCCCUGGCCUGCCCAGUGCUGUGGUGGUCCUCCAUGCUCAGAACCCCGGUGCCAGGCAGCUGGGCAGCAGCGUCACCGAGGAGGAGUCCUCCAGAAAUGGGGGCCCUGGGCCUCCCAAGCCGCCUGCUCCUGGGCCUGAGUGCUGGAACAAGAGGAGGCCUUGGACUCCAGAAGCGGUUCUGACAUGGCCUGACCACGACAGGGCUCUGCAGCCAGGGCCUGGCUCUUCGCAAGAGAGCCCCACCCAUAGAGUCACUUCAGGCCGGCCUGGGGGAUCUGGGCCUUGUGGCAAAACCACCCAUGUGCCCAGCCGGAGGAAAGGAAGGUCAUACCCGCUGCAGGAUGGUCUAGUCACGAGGGGAGACCUGGAUAGCUUGUCUCUGACCUCCGAGGAGGACUGUGUCCCCAGGCCAGCCUUGCUGGGGGAGCUCUGGAGGGCUGGAGACCUGGGAGCCCCGGGCACUGAGGGCAGCACCUUGUCCCUGUCUGACCGAGUGGAGAGGAAUCGCCUUCUGCUGCAGGAGAUGCUGAGUGUUGGGGGGCAGGGCCCCCCCAAGGUGGGGAUCCCAGCCUGGACUUCAUCCUGGGACAGAGCUGUGCCAGAGCGACCAGCAGGGGAUGUUGACUGGGACUCCGGGAUCUCCCUGCAGGACUCGGACCAGAGCAGGACCUUUGGUCCCAAGCUGGAGCCCGGGCUGAGCCCCAGGCACGAGGAAGCCAAACAUCUGCUGCAGCGAGCCCGCAUGAAGGCCAGGACCCGGCCCCUCCGCGCCAGCCACGACGUCGUGCCCGCCCUUGCCCAGGGCAGCCGAGAUGGGCGGAAAAGCACAGCUCUGGACCCGAGGAUGACCUUGGCCUGCAAAGACAACCUCCAGAACGGGAACACGAGUGACUCUUCCAGCGGGGAGUCCAGCAGCGGGCAGUGGCCGAAGCGGGGCGCGUCCCCAUCCCACGUCCGCUUUGAGGAUGAGUCCGCGCGCGACGCCGAGUCCCGCUACCUGGAGCGGCUGCAGCAGCGCCAGCGCCAGGUGCUGAGCUCCUCGAUCCGGGAGACACACAUCGGCGAGCAGGAGCGCCCCGAGGAGGUGGACUCCGCCCUGGACAGCACGGACACCUCGGACAGCUGCAGGACGGACAGUGAGGAGGCCGGGAGCGCCCAGCCCAGCAGGGCCCGCGGCAACAGCCCGCGUCCGCGGGGCUGCAGGCCCCGAGGAGGCCACAGGUUGUUCCACAAGGCUGACACGGAGCCGCCCCGGAGCCCUCAGGCCCCACACUACCUGCCUGGUCUGGAGCCCGUGGAGGUGUCAGAUGAGGUGGCAGGAGGCACGGGACACACGCUUGAGGGGACUGUGCUCCCCAGGGAAGAUGAGUUCUCAAAGCCUUCUGUCCAGGACUCCAAGAGGGUCCCGGGGCCCCAGGGGCAGCCUGGGCCAGGGCUGGAGGAUCACUGGGCUCACCCCCUGGAUUCCCUCGCUCUGCACAGGAGAGCCCGUGCCAUCGCCUCUGCGAGGAAACUGGGGUCCUCGGGGUCCGGCAGACACACUUCGGCUACAGAAAUUCAGGAGUCUCUGGGAACUGUCUCCCCACAACAGAGCCACGAAGAGCCCUCUGCCUCCCACCAGGCCCAGCAGCCAGCUGCGUCCCUCUCCCCUGAAGGCUGGGUGCCAACCCCUCCCGCCUCAGAGAAAACCACCUCACCUGUGUCUCACAGGAAGGCAGCCUUGGCUGGACUCCGCAGGCCAGGUGACCAGGGAGAGCCUGUGGACAUCCCUCUGCCUCCUUCAAGAAGUGUAGCUCCCAGGACCUGUGAGGUCACCACCCCACAGCCCCAGCCCCGCAGCCCCCGCAUCAGGCACCCACUGCGGGCCCUGUCCACCAACAACUGCAAUAACAGUGCACCCCAGGGGCUGCCAGAGCCCUGGGGAGGAGCCAGCCCUGCGGAGGGGAAGGGCGCCUGCAGCCAGGAGCCCGCAGCACCCCUGGAGGACUGCAGAGAUGGAGGACCCCAGGGCUGUCUCCACUCAGCAGCUGUUGGCACCAUCAGCUCCGUGGGCAUCAGCUUCUCCCUGGGCUCAGAGGAGCCGGGGUCCAGCCAGGAACCAGAGGGCGGCCUGCAGAGGACAGAGUCGAGUUCUGCAGGACAGGUGUCAUCCCGAACACUGCCGGGGGCCGGUGCGGGGCCCGGCCCGCCCUCAGCUGCCCCUUCGGACAGGAACAAGAAAAGCAGUGUCAGCACCACCCCCGCCCUGGGGCUGAAGAAGUUCUUCUUGGCCCUGAGUCAGGGCCCUCGGCCCAAGAUGGGCAAGUCCCGCAGCUACAGCGUGGAGCAGCUGCAGCCCCCUGCGCCUGGCCCGGCUUCACACAGCAGCGCCCCUGGAGUGAAGAGAGCCCCGUCGUUACAGUCCCUGCAUCUGGUGUCACCCUCUCGCCAACAUCGGAAAGCUGCCUCCUUUCAGAGCCUCCAGUCUCUGCUGAGCGGCAAAGUGGACCGGUCCAACCUCUACCUGGUGGGGGAGCCAGGGGACCACAGAGCAGCCGGCAGGCCAGCCAAGGCGCCGCCCCGGCGUGCCCUCAGCGUGGAGGACGUGAGUGCCCCGGGCCUGGCUCGCACUGUGGGCCGCGUGCUGGAGGUGUUCCCGGAUGGCACGAGCCAGCUGCAGCUUCAGCGCUCCCCGGAGGGCACUUUCGGCUUCUGUGUGGCCUCUGGGAAUGGGCGCCGGGACUCAGGGUUCUACGUGCAGGAGAUGGCUGACGAGAGCACCGCCAAGCUGUACUCGGGGCUGCUGGGGGUGGGGGACGAGAUCCUCGAGGUGAACGGGGCCAAGGUUGCAGGGCUGGGCUUGGCUCACAUUCAGGAGCUCCUGGCCCACGCGGAGAGUUUGUCAAUCCGUGUGCUGAGGCAGAGGCCGGUCCCGAGGUGACCCGAAGGUACCUUUGCCUUCGCUAUCACCCCCUUGGAGACCUUGGAGACCACCCUGGGGAGGGGGGCUGGGAAUGCACUACACAAAGCUGCUUUGUCUACUGAAAAUGAAUACGGUGGCGUGUGACCCCUGGGCUGUGACUGACCACCCUAGCAAGAGGGGAGGAGCCUGUGUGUGUAUUUUGUUGAAGGGUGUUAAUUUAUGCCGAACUGGGUAAAAAAUCCACCCUGACCACGCCUGAGGUGUUGUCAACCUCUUCCUACACCUUUGUUGGCAGCGGAGGAGAGAGAUCCAGUGGGUCCUUCGGUUGGUCCCUGAGCAUCGCCUCACCUCCAGGUCCCAUCCACUCUGUCAGGGGCUCCUUCAGCCACCCCUUCCCCAACUCCAGAACCAAAGAAAGUGCUUGGCCAUAUUGGCCUCAGUCUCACUUCUCCCAGCUCCCAUUUGGCACCUUUGCUAUUUUUCCAGAAAUAGGCAAAGCGUCCUGGGGUAACAGCCUGACAGCCAUUGACCAUAUAUUCCUAACCAAAUAUUGGCAUAUGUGGUCUGGUGUUGAAAACAUCUGGGAGAUGUUAAUCUGGUAGGAAAUCUUUGUGAUAUAUACAAGUUUGAAGGAAAAAAAAUGAAACCGAGACCAAUUUCAGGGAAGUGCAGCUGUGACCAGUGGGUCUGGCCAGACCAGCCCCGCCCCAGCCCCGCCUCUGCCCAGAGCAAGGCUGGAGCUGCCGCAGCCUGGCCGUGAGGACCUCUGUCUUUCUUCUCCCGUGACCUCGGACAUGGGCUGCAGCUGGUGCCAGGCUGUCCCCAGCCACAGGCUCUCCGCCCCAACUCCCUGACAGCAGCUGUGGGUGGGCGGAUGGCAGGACAUGAGCAGGGGGAUGGGCUGUCCUGCCUGGGCACUUCACUGCCCUAAGGGUUGGGACUCUGGGAGAUGGCCGUGUCUCAGUCUUAAAUUAUUAAAAAAAAAAAACAACAAAGCUGAAA